UGGUGACACUUUGUUGUAGAGUAGCCUAGAUGCUGCUGCUUAGCUGCAGCUCCGGGAGAUGACAGAACCGACGGUCUUCCCUACCGACCAAGAGACGCACCAAGCAGCCUGCGCUGCACAUUUGAAUACAUGAAAUAAUGUGCUAGAACGGACACACUACAAAAUAUAAAAAUCUCUGAUCUCAAAUCUGUCCACUCUGUGACAUUGUAAGCACUCGUGAUGGCGUCGGUGAGCGUAACAUUGGAGAACCAACUCCACAGCGCUCAGAAGAACCUGCUUUUCCUCCAGCAGGACCACGCCAACACUCUCAAAGGCCUGCACGCUGAAAUACGGCGCUUACAGCAGCACUGCACUGACCUGACAUAUGAGCUGACAGUGAAGAGCUCAGAUCCAACUGACAGCAGUGAGGCGCGAUGCCGCGCGCUGCACGAGCGCUGUGAGGAGCUGGAGGAGCAGCUACGAGAGAAGGAGGAGGAGAACGCGGAGCUGCUGCGCGACCUGGAGCAGAAGACGGCCAUGAUCUCCGUGCUGGAGGGCACGCUGCGGGAGCGCGAGAAGAAGUACCUGGACGAGCUCAAGCUCAAGAGCCAGCGGCUGGCCGCGCUGUCCGGCGAGCUGGAGCAGAGGGCCAGCACCAUCGCCUACCUCACCUCGCAGCUGCACGCCACCAAGCGCCGCCUGCUGGCGGGGGGCGGGUCGUCCGCUGACGCCGUCGCCGCGGCAACACCACCGGCGGGGGGAGGGGCGAGUGGUGCGAGCCCAGCCCCGAGCCCGUCAUCGUCGUCCCCCGCCUACCGGCCCGCCCCGCCUGCCCAGCCGCAGCCUCAGGACACGCCCACUCGCCGCCGCAUGCGCAAGAGCCUGUCGCAGCCGCUGCACGCCGAGUGGGCGGAGCUCUACCGGCAGGGGGCGGGGCCCGAGGGCCGUCGGCUCAUCCUGAGGGAGGCGUUGGAGGCCAUGCCCGACCCCACGCCCUUCCUGCAGCCGCGCGACCCCUCCCACGCCGCGACGCCAGCCCCCCACCAUCCCCCGCAGCCGCUACACAAGAGCCGGCCUGCCGUCAUCCCCCCCAUCGUCGCCGCCUCCGAGCGCAACGACCUCUCCGGGGCGGAGUCAGGCUCGCCCACCCCCACUGGGACCCCCACCCGCCUACCCGCAGUGCCCUCCGCCUCCUCCUUCAGCCCCAGGGGCAGCCCUGCUCGCCACCAGAGGGCUCACGGUGGGGCGGGUACCCACGUGGGGGUGGCACACCGCAUCCCCCACUCCCCCCAGCCCGGCUCCCCCAGCGGCACGGCCCCCCAGGGCAUCGCCCCCCAGGCCCAGCCGCACCCCCCCUCGCGUCCCAUCCACGCCGAGCUGCAGACGCUGGCGGUGGACCAGGUCAACGGCGGCGCCAAGGUGGUUAGCCAGGCGGACAGAACAGAGGGCAUCGCCUAG